AUGACUACUGACUCAUUUGAUAUAACGUCCACUUACUUAAGAUUUCUAGAAGAUGACAAAGAUAUGACAAUGCCUAUAGCGGCCAUUGAAUCAUUAGUAACAAUGUUACGUCAAAAUCAACCUUCCACAUCAUCAGAAUUAAUCAAUUUAGUUUCUAAAAAUAUAGAAAUAUUGAAAAAUUCUAUACCUAAUAACAUAUCAUUAUCAGCGGGAUGUGAUUUAUUUAUGAGAUUCAUUUUAAGAAAUACAAAUAUAUAUAGUGAUUGGGAACUGUUCUCAAAAAAUUUAAUAGAAAAUGGUGAAUUAUUUGUUAAAAGAGCUAAAAUAUCAAGAGAAAAAUCUGCAGAAUUUGGAUUGCCAUUUAUAAAAGAUGAUGAUAUAAUUUUAGUACAUAGUUAUUCAAGAGUUGUUUAUACAUUAUUAUUAAAAGCCAAAAUUGAAAGAUUAACUAGAUUUAAAGUAAUAAUAACAGAAUCAAGACCUACUGGAAAUGGAUAUUUAAUGGCUAAAAAAUUAAAAGAAGCAGGUAUAUCAUGUGAAGUAAUAGUAGAUAAUGCAGUGGGAUACGUAUUACAUAAAAUAGAUAAAAUAUUAGUUGGAGCUGAAGGAGUAGCAGAAAGUGGUGGAAUAAUAAAUCAUAUAGGAACUUAUCAAAUUGGAUGUUUAGCAAAAGUCAACAAUAAGCCAUUUUACGUUAUAACUGAAUCUCAUAAAUUUGUUAGAUUAUUUCCAUUAGCACCUAAUGAUUUACCAAAUAUGAAUAAUUUUUUAAAUAAUAAAAGUCUUGGAUUAGUUAUAAAUGAUAAUAAAGAUGAAACUAAUAAAGGAAUAGAAGGUGAACAAUUUUUGGAUAAUCAUUUUGUUGAUUUUACUCCUCAUGAAUAUAUUACUGCUUUAAUUACUGAUUUAGGUGUAUUGACUCCUUCUGCUGUUAGUGAAGAAUUAAUUAAAAUUUGGUAUGAUAUGUAA